UCAAGAACAAACUGUCUUUCCUACAGAAAGAGCAUUAGUGGGAUGUUUGUGGGCCGCUCUAGCAGUGCUGCAGUUCUAACCGGCUCAAUCGCUGGACUGGAGGGCGUUUCUCAGCUCGCCCUGCGUCGGGCCACCAGCAUGAGGAAAACCUUCACCACAGGCAUGGCAGCGGUCAAGAAGAAAUCUCUCCUACUUCAGAUUAAACUCCAAGUGGAUGCACUGUUGGACACCGUCCGCAGAUCCAGGGUUCACUUUGUCCACUGUCUGUUACCCCGAGCGGAAGUUCUGAGGGCCGCAGGGUCAGAGGAGAGUUGCGACACUGGACUCAUGCAGAUGGAUGUGGCUUUGCUCAGGGCCCAGAUCCGUGGCUUCAAACUGCUGGACAGUUUGAGGAUUUACAGACAGGGUUACCCUGACCACAUGGUCUUCUCUGAGUUCAGAAGACGCUUUGACGUUUUGGCCCCUCACCUGACCAAGAAACUGGGCCGAAACUACAUUGUGAAGGAUGAGAAACGAGUGAGUAGCUAUUUAAGAGAAUAAUGUGCAUGGAAAUAA